AAGGACUAAGUAUCACUUGCGGGCGAACUAACAAUAGUAUUGAAUAAUUGAACAGCGACAAGCCAAUGAGAUGGCUCGUUUUUCUUAGCAAACAUCCCUGUUAAUUAGUCAGAGACAUUUAAACAGUGGUCUUUCUAUUUGAGACCAAUUUUGCUUUAAUCGUAGAGGACUAGAGCAUCCAUCACGUGGAGAAGCUGUAGUAUUGAGUUUUGUUUCAUCUCUUAGGUCAAACUCGACGAGAAAAUCUUUUGAAAUUACCAUGAGCGCUGUAUCUGAGAAUGCCCCAUCCAACAGUACCCUACGCGCGCCAAAAUGCGCCCGCUGCCGGAAUCACGGAGUGGUGUCUUCGCUGAAAGGUCACAAACAUUAUUGUAAAUGGAGGGACUGUGUUUGCCCCAAGUGCCUGUUAAUAGCAGAGAGACAGAGAAUUACCGCCGCUAGGGUGGCCCUUCUGCGCCAUCAAACCAGAAUGGAACCGUUCGAGUCUAAAGGCUGUGGACCAUGCGUUGAAUUUACGCAUGGAGGCGCGGAUCACGAAGUAGUAUUCCCUUCGUUCACGCCGAGAGUGAACUCGGUUUUCUCCGCCAGUCCUCCAUCCGAACCAACACGACCAGCUUCUUGCCCUGUAACUGAAGAGAAAAACUCACAACAGCCAGUGUUCAUUAAAGAAGAAAAAAUUGAUCCGGAGUAUUCCAGCAAUGACACUCUUCCCGAAGACGACCGAGGUGAUGAACCUCCUCCCAAAAGAUUGGCAAGAAGCGCCUCACCGCAGCUUACAAACGGGAAUGUUUCUCGCUCCCCGUCACCUCGCUUUCACGUGCAUGAAAGCUGUCGACCACAAGCAGAUCAUGUGAUCAGGGAGAACGAUAACUCUUCGUUUCAGUUGCCAUGGAGCUCGACUUUCCGUGACCAAGAUGAUUUCGACUACACCGUGAAGCUUCUUCAAAAGAGUCUUGGUGAAUCUGCCUUCAAAAGACGGAAACCUCCCCAUCCUGUCGAAGUUCUCAGCAAAAUAUUUCCUUCACACAAAGAAAACGUAUUGGAACUCGUUCUGAAAGGCUGCAGUGGUGAUUUGGUCCAAGCGAUCGAAUGUAUUCUAGCUGGCAAGAGUCAUUCCAUCGACUUUACGGAGCCAGCCUCGUCCUGUCUUUCCUCUGCUCCUUUGCCUUCUAGUUUUUCCAGCAUUCCGUUCACGGGAGUUAAACAAACUCUGCUUCCAGGCGUGCCUCUCUCUUUACCUCUUACGUCAUUCAACGGUGCUACCAAGACUACGGCGCACCCACUGACCUCAAUGGGAGCGCAGGCUCAUGGUGGACUAAGGUUACCUCCCAUGAUACGAAGCCGUUCGUUACAAACUCAAAGAAACGAGCAUGAAGAAAGAGAACUGAAUGGAUAUCAUGCGCACAACGGCCUCAUUGGGCCAGCAUUUUUGCCGCCUUAUCGAGGUUCGCCUCCGCUUUCUAGAGAAAACAACUUUUUGGAGAACGAAAUCUCGGUUUGUUUUCGUUGUGGUACAAAAUCUCGAUCGGGUGACCGAUUUUGUGGGAAAUGUGGGGCGGACCUUAAAUGUUAACAAGACGUGUCAUUUGUUUGACUGUGAGCCAUUAGUUUUGGUGAGGGUCGGGUAUAUUAAAUCGAGCUUACCAGAAAACUCCCCGAGAAAAGUUUAAAAACAGCGGCUUUACCGUUUUCGUUUUCUUCUAGUUAUAUCAGUUUUGCAGUGGGGUGUCGUAAAAAGAAAGUUUUAAAAAGCGGUUCGUGGUCUUUCCCAAGAAGUUACCAGUAAGCCUCGAUAUGGUGUAUUCGCCUCAUUCGUGUCCAAAUAAUUGGCGCACAUUUUCCAAUCGGUCGGCAAAACUAGUUUCGAAAAUAAUUAAUCCAAGAAAGGUCACAAUAUUUACUCUUUUAUGUGCAAAUUCUGAUGAGGAGUUGUAAAUGUUGUUGGCAAAGGUGUUACUUUUUUCUCAAGGCAGGAUCAAGAGACAAAAUCACCUUUUUAAAAGAAACUUAUCUGUGAAACCAUCUCAGAGUCCUUUAUCUAACAAAAGGCAUAAACGGAAAUAAAAACGCAUUUUUUGUCUCUAACUAUUACAGCUUUAAUCUAUUCUCAAAAUCAGGGGGUUGGUUGGAAGGAAAAGAUCACCUUAACAAGAUUCAUCUUUACCCUCUACUUGUCACUGUAAGCAAUAAAAAUGUCAACCAGAUUGACUUAUCAUGAUUAAAGGGGGGAAGUUUCCUAAGAGACCGUCAUACUGCGUAAAUUGGCCACCGUAAAGAGUUUCACAAGCUGAUACGAUGACCAAAGAUACUCGUACAUAUCCAAACGAAAACACGCUUUAAUGUACUUCCAAACAAAACGAAACGACGUGAAGAUUCGAAGCGAAGUGAACAAUUGAAGCGGUUGCUAAAACAAGGUUACAAAUAAUAAGUUACUAAAUUUAUACGUAAAGAAAUUGGCAAACGAGAAAACAAAGUAAAGAUUUACUAAAGACACUUCCAAACGCUAUAGGAUGUCCGGGAACAAAUGGCUGGUUACAGACGAUAGAGAACGAUUUAAAGCGAUUUUGAAAAAUGAAUCAGAACAGUUAAACGAGAAAGCCGAAUGAAUGAAAUUUAUGGUAUAGAACUUAGGGAAAUGAUGUAAAAACAAAGUAGCGGAUUAUCGAUGAAAGUAAUGCGCGUGAAAACAAAAGAACAAAUAUAAAUAAAAAUGCGAUGGAAAGUGAAAAGUUACGAAUUCACAAUGAAUUACGUCAAUAUGAUUUUUGGCGGUAACAGAUCAAGCUUCGAGCGCUAGCACGUCGUGGUUUCUUUUAUCGCCUGCACUCAAUCAUCUGUUUGCUUCUUGUAGUAACUAGUCUUCUUAUCACUAAUAAGAAACGCAGACGCAGUGUGUAAUUGUUUUUUAUUAAGAAAGACUCAAUUUCAACUCCAGCUCACAUUACUCUGAACAUACUCAGUUUCUUUCCAGGAGUGGUUUCAAAUACCUCAAAGAUAGGCUAGCCCUACAUCAAUAAAGUAACACUAGACUAUCACACGGGCAUUUGGCAAUCCAUGAGU